GUAAAACAGAAAAGAAGAAGAAGACGCGGCGCAUGCGCGAACAUAUCGAAUGACAAAGACGUUAGCAUUUAGCAUUUAGCAGCGCUCAAGUUUGUCAGUGUGCUCGCUACAAGACAUCAAACAUGUUGAAAGAGUUGGUGAAAGAGCGACUAAUGGCGGUAGCUGACGAAAUAUUCGCGCUGUUUGAAAGCACGAUAACGUCGUACGAGGAGGAACUUUCUCGAACGAGAGAGGAGAAGGAGCGACAUCGACAACAACUGGAAGCUGCUCGCAAAACUCAAAUUGUGCUACACGUUGAAGACGUCCGGCAGCUGAUUGGUCGUCAAGAAGAAUGUCCCUUUACACCACAGGACGAAAGCUCCACUUUGAAGCAGGAGGAUCCACAGCCCCCCCACCUUAAAUACUGUAUCAGUCAGUCAGGAGAAGAGUGUCUUCUAGGGCUGCAGGAGGCUGAUCUCACCAACCUGCCUCUGACUGGUUUUUCUGUGAAGACUGAAGACCAUGAAGACAAACCACAAGUUGAUAACCGCUUUACCCCUCUAUCAGAUAGUGACGACACAACAUCACACUCUGCUGAGGAUGACAACGAGUACCACACCCAAGAACCUUUGAGCAGCCAUACAGACUGUGCGGGUGAUAUGAGGACUCACACUGACAACCAACACCCUGAAUGCUCUGAAAAGAAGACAGACGUCCGGCAGCUGAUUGGUCAUCAAGAAGAAUGUCCCUUUACACCACAGGACGGAAGCUCCACUUUGAAGCAGGAGGAUCCACAGCCCCUCCACCUUAAAUACUGUAUCAGUCAGUCAGGAGAAGAGUGUCUUCAAGGGCUGCAGGAGGCUGAUCUCACCAACCUGCCUCUGACUGGUUUCUCUGUGAAGACUGAAGACCAUGAAGACAAACCACAAGGUGACAACCUAUUUGCUCCUCUAUCAGACGACACAACAUCACACUCUGCUGAGGAUGAAAACGAGUACCACACCCAAGUACCUUUGAGCAGCCAUACAGACUGUGAGGGUGAUAUGAGGACUCACACUGACAACCAACACCCUGAAUGCUCUGAAAAGAAGACAGGUAAAAAAGAUUUUACCUGCUUGUAUAGUGCUGAAAUGUUUUGUAAAAAAAGUAAUUAUGCUCAACGCAUGAGAACACACACGCAAGAGAAACCUUUCAGAUGCUCAGUUUGCUGCAAUAGAUUUUCUCAGAAGGCCACUCUGAUUUUGCACAUGAGAACGCACACAGGAGAAAAACCUUUCGAAUGUUCGGUUUGUGGCAACGCAUUUUCUCUGCGGCACAACCUGAAACUACACAUGAGAACGCACACAGGAGAAAAACCUUAUAUUUGCUCAGUUUGCUGUAAAAAGUUUUCCCAGAAAUCUAAUUUGACUGUACACAUGAGAACACACACGCAAGAAAAACCUUUCAGGUGCUCAGUUUGCUGCAAUACAUUUUCUCUGAAGGGCACUUUGACUGCACACAUGAGAACACACACGCAAGAAAAACCUUUUAAAUGCUCAUUUUGUGGAGCUACAUUUACUCAGAGGGCCAACCUGAAAUUUCACAUGAGAAAACACACAGGAUAAAAACCUUUCAGUUGUCCACUUCGUGAUGAAGGUUAAUCUGAAAAGCAAAGUUUGACAGCACAAACGUCGGCACACAACAGAGAAUAAAUGUUUUCCUGUCCAGUUUGUGCUAUAUGAUUGUCAAGUUGUAGAAGUAGAAUAUCUUGCAUGGAAAAUAGCAGUAGUAGAAGUAGUAAUAGUAAUAACAGUUUAUUUUAUUUUUUUAUACUUAAUAUUCAUUGGGAUUUGUAUAUUAUUAUAUAUUAUUGGAAACAAAUAUAUAGGUAUCUAAACUAAAAAAAAAGUAGUAUAAUUACAUUUUGUUUAUAAUUGAAUAAAUAAUUAAAAAAUAAAUAAAAACAGUAUUAACAAUCAUAGAUAAAUGUAACAAAACAUGCUUGUGGGAUCAAUAUAUGUUUUCUUUACACUAGGUUUCUUAUCAUCUAAAAGGUGGUUCUUUACCAAGAAUAAGUAUUUAGAUUUUUUUUUUUUUCUAAAUAAAUUAUCCACUUCAACCAUCUUUUCUUGACCAGGUCUUCCAUAGUAUGUAGUAUCAUACUUGCCAACCUUGAGACCUCCGA